GCGCCCUGCCCCCCACCUCCCAGCCUCUGCUGCCGCUAAACCCCGGAGAGCGGAGCGUGCACGUUGAGAUUCCUCGGCGGGCUAGGCAGCGGUGCUGGGCAUGCUCAGUGGGCAGGACCCGUUAGAGUGGCGAGUAAGGAAGCGUUGGCUCUUCUCCGGGUCUGCCUUCCCCGGUUCAGGCCCCGGCCCUGGGCUUUUGUGUGAGCGUAGCUGCAGCCGCCGCUGCCUCCUCGCGGGGCUGCCCGACCCCAGAUGCCGUCAGGCCUGUCCGGUUUCCGCCGUUAACCUCGCCGCGCGGCCGGGAGGAGGAGCGGGGCGGGGCCGGCGGCGGGCGGCCGGGCUGGAGGGCCCUGCCGGGGGUGGGAGCGGCACAGGCACCAAGAUGUCCAACCGAGUGGUCUGCCGGGAAGCCAGUCACGCCGGGAGCUGGUACACAGCCUCAGGACCGCAGCUGAAUGCACAGCUAGAAGGUUGGCUUUCACAAGUACAGUCUACAAAAAGACCUGCUAGAGCCAUUAUUGCACCCCAUGCAGGAUAUACGUACUGUGGGUCUUGUGCUGCCCAUGCUUAUAAGCAAGUGGAUCCGUCUAUUACCCGGAGAAUUUUCAUCCUCGGGCCUUCUCAUCAUGUGCCCCUCUCUCGAUGUGCACUUUCCAGUGUGGAUAUAUAUAGGACACCUCUGUAUGACCUUCGUAUUGACCAAAAGAUUUACGGAGAACUAUGGAAGACAGGAAUGUUUGAACGCAUGUCUCUGCAGACAGAUGAAGAUGAACACAGUAUUGAAAUGCAUUUGCCUUAUACAGCUAAAGCCAUGGAAAGCCAUAAGGAUGAGUUUACCAUUAUUCCUGUACUGGUUGGAGCUCUGAGUGAGUCAAAAGAACAGGAAUUCGGAAAACUCUUCAGUAAAUAUCUAGCGGAUCCUAGUAAUCUCUUUGUGGUUUCUUCUGAUUUCUGCCAUUGGGGUCAAAGGUUCCGUUACAGUUACUAUGAUGAAUCCCAGGGGGAGAUUUAUAGAUCCAUUGAACAUCUAGAUAAAAUGGGUAUGAGUAUUAUAGAACAAUUAGACCCUGUAUCUUUUAGCAAUUACUUGAAGAAAUACCAUAAUACUAUAUGUGGAAGACAUCCCAUUGGGGUGUUAUUAAAUGCUAUCACAGAGCUCCAGAAGAAUGGAAUGAAUAUGAGCUUUUCGUUUUUGAAUUAUGCCCAGUCAAGCCAGUGUAGAAACUGGCAAGACAGUUCAGUGAGUUAUGCAGCUGGAGCACUCACGGUCCACUGAAGCUCUGAAUCCUCAGGGAUGCCACCUGCACAUUCUCAUACUCUGUCCGGGGUCCCAGCCUAGCCUUUACCAAGAUACUGGUCCUGGUUUGGGGGGAUUCUGAAACCUCAAACUAAUAGAACUUUCUUCUCUUUUUUUCUAGUAGGUGUAGUCCUUCCUUAAUUUCAACUCAUUAAAAAAUGCUUUAUAGUUUAGGGCAGUGGAAGGAAGGCUGGCAUCAAAAUAUUUUGAUCAAAAAAGAUGACAAUGUAAAGGCUCAGUUGUGGCAGACAGUUUUUUGAAAGUAACUUGUAAAGCAUUUACCAUAUCCUAAAUUUGCACUCUUUGCAGACUUGUGCACAUAUAUUCCGCUUUCAGAAUAGUUUUGCAAAUUGUACACAAACAAACAAAAAGGUGGAAGCUUUUUAAUAAAGAAAUUGCAUUUAUAAAUGAUCUGUAUUAGAAUAUAAUAAAUCUCCAGUUAUAGUCAAUUACUACCCAUGUUGUACAACAGAUACCUUCUAUUUUAGUUGCUAAUAAAGGGCUACACAACUCAAAA